AUGUUAUCACUAUCGAGGUUGAUAUUACGUAGACAAUCAACUAUUCAACUAUCUCGAAAUUUACGAAUAUCUACAAAACUAUGUUCAGAACAUAAUUUCACACCUUUAGAACAACAAGUGGAAGGACAAGGACAAGGACAAGAAGCAAUAACUAAUAAAUCAAACAAAAGAGUUUAUUUAACGCCUGAACAAAUUAGAAAGAAGAAGAAAAAGAAGAAGCAAGUUAAAAAAUCAUCAAAAUUACAAGAGAAUAAGCCUCAAGAGAAUAAUCCUCAAGAAUUUAAUGUAUUAUUAAAUGAAUUAAGAGAACCAGAAAAUAAUUCAAAUGAUUUAAAAGUAGAAGACGUUAUCAAUACCAUUGAUUCUUUUAGACCUAUUGAAAAUGAAAUUGGGAAAAAAGCAUUUGAAAUGAUUACUAAUCGUUUAAAUCGAUCUUUUAAUAAGCAUCAAUUACUUGAUUAUUUGGAUUUUCUUGAAAAAAAUGAUCCUGAUAUUAUGAGUGUUGUUGUUUCAGAUAUUAAACGAUUACCUAAAAAAUCAUUAAUUGAAAAAGUUAUACAAGAUAUUUGGAAUAUUAAUAUAUCAGAUAAAGUAAUAAUUGAAGAAGUUUUGGAAACUAUGCAAUAUCAAUUAAAACCUUAUGAAAAAUUCUUGUUGGAUUCUCGUAGAUCUAAUGUUAUUUCAAAUAUGAAAAAAUGUAAUGUUAAACCUAUUCUUGAAUCAAAUAAAUUAAGAAUUUCAGGUACUGAAAGUGAUUUAAAUUUUGUUGAUAGAGAAUUUAAAAAGAUUUUAAAUGAUAUCAAACAUGAAGAAUUGGAUAUUAGUAAAUUUAAAUCAGAAAAGAAUCUAAUGUUAAAUAAAAUUCAAUAUAUUGCCAAUGUAUAUUUUGAAAAAAAGGGAAGUGGUGGAAUUUAUGAAAUGUAUUCAAGAUUUCCGGCUAAUAUAGAGUUAGCUAAAAGAUUAUUAACUUGGUCGGUUGAUAAGAAUCCUCAUAUUAAAGAUGAAGUAUUUGAAAUUGAGAAUCUUUCUCAAAUGGAAUUUAUAUCGUACAAAAAUGAUGAUACUUUACCAUGGUAUGGAAAAGGUUUUGAUUAUUUUAGAUUGAUGAAGAAAGACAACAAGCCAAUGAGUGAAUUAGUUUUUGAUAAAUAUGAUACCAUGAGUAAAUAUUUUGUGAAUCAAGAUGACGUUGUCGGUUUAAAAGAUUCAAGAAUGUUUUUAAUUCCAGAACAAAAUCAAGAGUCUGUUCCAGAAGAAGAAAUAUUUAGUGAACGUGAAAUUAAUGUAUUAGUGGAAGAUGAAUUUGCUACACUGAUGGAAGAAGUAUUAAAAAAAUAUGAUACUGAUACUAUCAAAAAAUAUUUACCCAAGGAUGAUCAAUCUAAAUUUAAACAUCUCUUCCCAGAAUUGUCAAGGAUUCUUGCCAAUCAAGAAAAGGCAAAGCGUGUUGAUAAAGAACCACGUGAAGCUUUAGAAGAUUUAGAAGAAUUGCGUAAAGAUUUGGAUUCACUUUCAACUGAUGAUGUUGAUAUUAGUGAAUUUCCAAACAUUGCUAAAUUGGUUGAAGAUUUCGAAGCAGCUGAUUCUAAUACUUCUCCUGGUGAUAUGGAAAGCUUAAGAAAGGAAUUGAAUAACUUGAUUAUACCAGAUGCAAAUGAGUCUGAUUUGCUUGAAGAUCUGACAUCUGAUAAUCCAGAGGCACAAUCUGUUGAAGAACCAAAUAAUGUUGAAACCCCUGGUCCAUUAUCAUCUGUACAAAUGGACAAAUUAUACCAACAAUUGACAGAUCUUUCCUAUGCAUCAAACUUGGAAGGCGUUGAUAAAAAUAGCAUUUUAAGUUCGGCAUUCACAGUACAAUUUGGAACAUUGUUAUUAAAACAAAAGAAAGCGAAACCAAAUGUAUUAUUCCCAACUGCUAAAACAGUCAACUCGGAAUCCCAAUUUGAAUUUGAUGGAACAGUACCAUAUAUGAAUGAUUUGGUCACAUCAUUACCUUUGAUACAACCUAAUCACGAUAGACCAUUUACUGAAAGUAUUCUGAUUAGAUUAUCACCAUCAAAGUUUAAAGUACAAGAUGGCACAAAUUUUAUGGAUAAUGAAUUUGGAAAUUUCCCACCAGUUGAAAUACAAUGUGAAUUUGAUAAUACUGGUGUAUUACAAUUGGAUACUUUACAGAUAAUUUCUCUUGAAGCUAUCAAAAAUGUAUCUAUUGGUGUACCAACAAUUGGUUCUGAUUUGAAAAUUUCUCGUAUGAUCCUUGGUGAUUUAUUGAAACAAGAUAAAGAUGAUACAUUGCCUAGAUUAGAUGUUCAACCAGGUUUGGCUGAAUUUCUUGAACGUUCACAAUUAAAGGUCUCGGGAUCUACACCAAUUAGAAUAGAACCAAAUUUGGUAUUGAAUAUUAAUGGGAAGAAAGUUACUUAUGAAUACUUGAACUUUUCUCGUAAAUCUGAAUUGAAUUUCGAGUAUAAUGGAAGACAAGUAAACUACAGUAUCAUUAAUGAAGGUGUUCAUGGAGGUAUAAGAAAUGAACUUGUCAUUGGUGAAGGAGAACUUUCAAGAGAUGAAUUUGAACAACUAAUAAAUGACUCCAUUCAAUUAGUUAACGAAAUAAAUUAA